AUGGCCUCUACACUUGCAUACUCAAACUUUCUUUUCUCGGGACCUCAGAAAAGGCCUACACAUGACAACAGAUUUUCUCCCCAAAGUUCUACUUCAUCGACAGGCGCAUAUUUUCUCAAUUGGGAGUGUCUACCUAUUUCGCCGAGCAAACCAAAGCAAUGCCUUAUACCCUUUAGAAAGCGUAAUAUGGUAAAAGCUGUCGCCAUCUCUGUGGCGCCUUCUUCAUCAGAAAAUGCAGAAAAUAGGCAAAAGUUAUCUCAAGUGUAUGGUUUUCGGCAAAUUGGAGAACCCCUUCCGGAUAAUGUGACAUUGAGAGAUAUUAUUGAUACCCUGCCAAAGAAGGUGUUCGAGAUUGAUGAUAUGAAAGCUUGGAAGUCCGUGUUGAUAUCUGUAACUUCAUAUGCUUUGGGGAUAUUCACGAUCUCGAAAGCUCCAUGGUAUCUGCUUCCUCUAGCUUGGGCUUGGACUGGUACAGCGAUUACAGGGUUCUUUGUAAUAGGACAUGAUUGUGCGCACAAAUCAUUCUCACGGAACAAAUUGGUGGAAGAUAUUGUUGGGACUCUGGCCUUCAUGCCUCUGAUAUACCCCUAUGAACCAUGGCGUUUUAAGCAUGAUAGGCAUCAUGCUAAAACAAACAUGUUGGAAGAGGAUACAGCGUGGCACCCUGUCAAGAAGGAAGAAUUUGACUCCUCUCCCUUACUUCGGAAGGCAAUCAUAUAUGGAUAUGGGCCGUUUAGACCAUGGAUGUCAAUAGCUCACUGGCUGAUAUGGCAUUUUGAUUUGCAAAAGUUCAGACCUAAUGAAGUGACUAGAGUGAAGAUAAGCUUGGCUUGCGUGUUUGCUUUCAUGGCAAUUGGAUGGCCAUUGAUAAUCUACAAAACCGGGAUUUUGGGAUGGUUCAAAUUCUGGUUGAUGCCAUGGUUGGGUUAUCACUUCUGGAUGAGCACUUUCACGAUGGUCCAUCACACUGCUCCUCAUAUACCCUUCAAGUCCUCCGAAGAUUGGAAUGCUGCUCAAGCCCAGCUCAAUGGCACCGUUCACUGUGAUUACCCGAGUUGGAUUGAAACACUUUGCCAUGAUAUAAAUGUACACAUUCCUCACCAUAUCUCCUCAAGAAUACCAAGCUACAACUUGCGGGCCGCUCAUAAGUCUCUUCAAGAGAACUGGGGAAAGUACAUGAAUGAGGCUUCAUGGAACUGGCGUCUAAUGAAGACGAUAUUGACCGUCUGCCAUGUCUACAACAAGGAACAAAACUAUGUCGCGUUUGAUGAACUUGCCCCUGAAGAGUCCCAGCCCAUCGAGUUCCUUAAAAAGGCAAUGCCCGACUACGCUUGA